CAUGUACAUUGUAAUACUAUUCGGCGCAGGUGGUAUUAUUAAGUGGUUAAGCUGAAAAUGAAUGGGCCACAGAAUCCAAACCGAUUAUUGUGGCAACAUCCAUUCGUGAAUGUUUUCAAGCAAUUUAAAGUUGAAAAUUGGAAGAAAGCUUCAAAAGAAGGAGAUGUCACCUCAGUUAUGGAUAAACACCUUAAAUGUACCGUCUUUAAAAUACAAGGUUCUAUACCAGCAGGAAAUUUUAUCCAACUUCCAAGAACGAGCACCCAAUCAUUGGGUCUUACUGGACGAUUCCUGUAUUUCAUGUUCAAGCCACUCCCGGCCAAAUAUUUUGUCAUCCACGUUGACACGGUGAGUGAAGAUGGUUUGGUUGUGCGCAUCUCGUUUUCAAAUUUAUUCAAGGAAUUUAAAUCAACGUCUACGUGGCUGCAAUUUCCCUUUGCUUGUCAACCAGCUAAAGGUAGUGUGGAACAUUGUGCUGCAGUUGGGGCAAAAACCAACUUUAUGGGACCAGCUCCUGUGGCUCAAAAAUGGACGACAUUAGUCCUAGAUCUGCAUUAUAUAUUAUCUAUGUAUAUAAACAGGAAAUUCUCUCAUUUAAAAAACAUCCGCAUCUGUGCUAACGUGUUGAUAAAGAAUUGUUUCACGUCGGAUAUCUCAUAUGAUCCUCGCAUCUCCAUCAUCCAAGCUCGGAAGAUGGGGAUCACAUCUGUGGAUGAGAAUUCUGCUCCCAUGCCGAGAGAGAUGAAUUUCUUCGUCCCAAAAAACAAGGAAUGGGAUGAUUGUUACGACAUCGUUCGUUUUCCUCUCGACUCUCCGGCUGAUCCCUCUCUUCCAUUUGAUUCGAUCCGGAGGUCAGAUCUUCCUCUCUCAUCAACUCAGAGGAAGAUUUCAUCCAGGAAGACAAAACGAAGCAACGCUGCUCCUGGAGUCAUCUCAAGUCCAGAGAGAAAAGAGACAAAGAACUAUGACAUCACAAAGGACACUGGAUCGUACCAUGAUAACCUUGCUGUUGCCACCAGAGUAAGAAGAACAAGAGAUAAAGUUAAAGUGGCAUCUGAACUACCUACUGUUGGGCUUUCUAUGCUUGAAACAUCUAACACAAGCUGUUCUGACCCCAACAUAACCAUGGUUGAAUCUGCAAAAGGAGACAUCCAUGUUUUUGCCGAUAAACCGGACAUAGUUGUUCACAGACAUUAUUCAAGCUCCACUGGCAAACCUAGUGUGGCAUCUACCGAUUUAAAGUUGAUGAAAACAACAUUUGAAGGCAAAGGAAAUAAAUCAUCUCGCCAGCAAACACUACAUGACCAAUCACAUCGCUCCAAUAAAACAUUACCAUUCGAACGCACCAAUCAAAACACUGGUGUGUUUAAUUCAACCAAUCAGAGCUCAUCGUUACAACCUGAUCCGAUUUUAAAACUUCGACGAGUGAUUGGAUUUGGAGGUCAAAGUUCAUCCUUUAUUACAUCACACAGAAACAUAUCAUUGUGGCAUCCUGGGUCUAGCUUGCAUGGUGGAAACGAUAUCAUCGUAUAUGCGUGUAACUCGGUAGUAGUUGCCAUGGAAACGGCAACAGGGCAUCAGCAUUUCUUCAUAGGACAUACUGAGAGUGUGACAGCUAUUGCCUUCAAUCAAAUGCACGGUGCAGCACCGUGCAUAUUAGCAUCAGCACAAUCUGGGGCCGGAGGUAUAGUUCGCAUAUGGAGGUUCGAGUCACAGAAAUGUGCGGCUGUCAUAAGGAGUCAACAUGCUACUAAGAUGAACUUACUCAGCUUCUCAAGAUCAGGAGCUAUACUUGUUGGGGUGGGAAGAGACGGCCAUGGUAAAAACUUGAUCAUUGUUUGGGACACCAGUGGAGCGUUACGACACGGUUCAGUGACCGUCAUUGCAAAAGCUCACUCAGAUGUUGAGAUUCAUCGAAUUGAAGUAUGCCCGGUAGAUGACACCCGUAUGGUGUCAUGUGGACGCGACAACCUUCGAUUCUGGAGGGUAAGAUCAAAUCAACUACGCUCGUGUCCCGUUGCCGUACCAACAGAUCGAAAAAUCGGAGAAUUUUCUGACGUAACUUUUGCUCGGGCAGGCAUAAUAUCCUCUAAGAAUUGCUCUGAACUUGUUGAAGAAGAAACCUCCGUCUUCACUUGCACUAAAGCUGGUUAUAUAGUAGAGGUCGACUUUCAUAAAGUUACCAUAACAAGCAUACAUAGGUUGUUCCCAUCAAACAACACCUCAACUGAUGAUAGCACUAUGAUUGGAUUAUCAUUAAACACUGUAAGGUUCACUGACUCGUACGUGGCCACUGGAUCUGAUGACGGUUUCCUUCGUUUGUGGCCUCUUGAUUUAUCUUCUGCGUUUAUUGAAGCUGAGCAUGAGGGGUCGGUGUCAGAUAUUGACAUUACUCCAGAUGGUGUUAAAGUACUUGCAUCCACCACUGCUGGCACCAUUGGUUACCUAGAUGUUGCUACGAGGAAAUAUUCAACGUUGAUGCGAUCUCAUACAUCUGUAAUACGAGAUACAUGCAUCGACGGUCUGCGACGAACCAUAUCGACAUGCUCCGAUGACCACACCAUUCGAGUUUGGGAUAUCGACACGCUUCGUCAGUUUUACGAUUUCGCAACAGUUGACGAAACGCCGACUGCUCUUGCCUGCCACCCGCUGCUGGAGAUAUUUGCUUGUGGGUUUGAGACGGGCACCGUCCGUGUGUUUCAUGUUUCGAGCACUUCCGUUUUAUCCGAACACCCUCAGGUUCACAGCGGGUCAAAGGUCGCUGCUAUUGUCUUUACUGCCUCCGGUGAAAGAUUGAUCAGCGCGUGCGAGAAAGGAACGCUAGCUUUAUUCGAUACAUCAGAUAUAGAGAAAGCUGGGGCACCAAUGAUAAGGAUAUUGACAAAGACAGCAGCACGUGGUGCGUAUGGCCCACGUAGUAUUGCUACAAGCCAUGAUGGAAGAUGGGUGGCUUACAUUGGACCGAAUGAGUUUACAAUAUCCAUUGCAUCAUCAGCUACACUCAACCAAGUUAUGAGGAUUGAUGUUUCAACUGGUGUCAAGUUAGACCCUGAUAUACUUGGCCAAAGAUCUAAGAUCGACCCUCCCCUACGUGUGCUGUUCUCCCCACCACCUGUCAAUCAUCUGCUGGUCGUAACCAAGGGCAACCGGCUGUUGAAACUCGAUUCAAAAACUGGAAGUUUGAUUUCUGUAACUGAGAAUAUCCACAGAGGAAACACAAAUGUAGUUUGUGUGACUGAUGACUGCAGCCAUCUAGUGUCAGCUGGUGAUAAACUUAUCAAGGUUUGGGAUUAUAAAAUGUCAAAGGACUUGGAUCACCAGGCGUUUAUUGGUCACAGUUCACCAGUUCAUCGGAUUAUGUUCACGCCUGAUCGAUUAUCGUUGAUUACAGCCAGCGAGGGCGCUAUAUUCAUUUGGGACUUCUUGGGGAAUUCCCAUACCCCUAUUGCCCCCGUAACCAUGGAUACGACCCAUGUUAUUGGGUUGGGACGAAGUGUAAAGGAGGGUUUGCUGAUGUCAGCAAGAAAAUCAGAAGAUGAAAGUGGCAGUGAAGAGGAGCCAGAGCCCCGGGAAUCUCCUCCUGCCCCCACGGCCCCAACCCGGGUGAAUGAAUCAACAUGGGUUCCCCCCGACACCCUUCGUACAUCGGACUUAGAUGCAAGCAACGUGUCCGAGUUUACUGUGGAUGUGGAUAUGAUGGCGGACUUGGUUGGGGGUGGGGGUCUCGUGGGGUUACUAGGGGUUUGAGGGGUUUGAAUAUCACUAUGCCGCGUGAAACAGCAAUUUGUGAAAAUGGAACUAUGAGUCAGGAAAAACCGACUCGUGAAAACGAAACAAUGACUCGAGAAAAUGGAACAAUUACUCAGGAAAAAGUGACUCAUAAAAACGGAAUAUUAAGUCAAAAAAAUGAGCGGAAUACAAUGACUCAGCAAAAUGAAGAUGCGGGGAUUCCAUCUUCUAUUGAUAGGGAUGCGGCUCCUACUGAGGAUGAAGAAGUCGAUGGAGUUCCUGUCAAGCGCGCAUGGGGUAGUUUGAGAUCAACAUCCGGAGCUGUGGAGGAGGAGGAAGAGGUUUUGAUCUCAUGUGAUCCUCCAUCAGUAGUUUCGCAUUUCGUUCCAACCACCAACUACACACAACUCGCAUCUCGGACCUAUACUGCCCCAAGUGGUGAAGAGGGGUUAAAGUUAAAAGCUGUGGUUGGUUACAAUGGCAACGGACGUCACAACUUAUGUUGGAAUCCUUACACUGGGACACUCGCUUAUUCAUGCGGUAACGUGGUUGUCAUAGAAAUCUUACAAACGUCCGAGAAACAAUAUUUACUUGAGCACGAGGAGGAAAUUUCAUGUUUGGCAAUUCAACAUGAUGGAGAGAUCUUGGCUUCAGCAUCUGGUAGCAAUGGAUUGGUGCAAAGUAUAAUAUGUUUAUGGGAUAUCAAUACUGGAGUAUGUAGGGCAAAAUUAAAACACCAUGAAUAUUCUGUCGUUAGUAUGGCAUAUUCAAGGGAUGACAGGUUCCUGGUCACGGUUGGUGAUUAUCAGGAAAAUUCACUCGCUGUAUGGAGUGCAUUUGAUGGGGAAUCCCCUCCUAUGUUACUGGCUUCAACCAAAACAAACCACUCGAUAAACCAGGUAACAUGGGAUCCCUCCAACCCGAAUGAGUUUGUCACCGUUGGCUCUUCUUCCUCUUUAUUGUUCUGGAUGCUGGAGGAGGUUGGGGAGCAGGUGAAGCUUCAUCUGCACGAGGGUGAGGUCCCGGAUGCGAUCGAAAAA